UGGAUUCUAACCGAUCUUAGGCUGCGUGAGUGCAGUUGACUUACAGCGGGCUGUGAGGAGAACUGGCGCAACCCCUUUGUCCUCAAAUCUGAAUAUUUUCAUAUUCGAAAACAUAUUAAAGUUUAUUUAAAGUCGCAUUAGAGUAUUCCUAUUCGUUUAGGUACUUAACCUGGUUGGGUUAAAUUAGUUUUCUAUCGCUCUGUGUGAAGUUAAAAGGCGGAUCCUUUACGCGCUCCGGACGAGAGAAGAAAACAAGCUGCUCUGUCCAGUCCAUAAAUGCUUUUUACCAAAAUGGACCUGUUGAACUACCAGUACUUGGACAAAAUGAACAACAACAUUGGCAUUAUGUGCUAUGAAGGCCAGGUUUUUUUUUGUUUUUGUUUUUUUUGUUUUUCUUUGUGUUUUAUUUCCAUGUGAAUGCUGGAACAUCCGUCUGAGUGCGAUCCAUCCUGUGGUAUUCGAGUGAACUGCGAGUCAAUCCUGGAAUGUGAACCGUCUCAACUCCUCUUUGGAUGUCUUACAGUGGAGUUGGACUGGCGAGCCACCCAAGAACGAAAUCUUGUUUUCCUGUGAAAAGAGAAACGGAAACUGAAUUGUUCACCUUUGAAUGGUGAGGCUGCUUUGAGAGGUGAGUCCAGAAUGCCGUCCAUGUCUCAUGGAGUAAGCAAUCACAGGACAGGGCCUCCUCCCAUCAGCCCCAGCAAGAGGAAACACUGUGGGGAAGAAGUAGACAACAACAUCGACUGUAACAGCGAGCAUGUGGCCAAGAUGAGCCGGCUGUUUGCUGCACAUUUAGGCAAGCCUGCAAACGGGGACUACCGCAAGGAUCGCAGCCGCAGUCCCAUCGAGCGCAUCACUGCCCCCACCAUGAGUCUUGUUGGUGGUCACCUCUACAACCACAUGCCCAACCUGGCCAUGGACCAGCCUCUCGCACUGACCAAAAAUGUGGACACCGCCCGCACUGUCGCCAUAUCGCCUACUGUCAGCCCUGUUGAGCGCCAACAGAAUCGUCCCUCUGUGAUCACAUGUGCCCCAGCGAACAACCGUAACUGUAAUCUUUCCCACUGCACUGUGUCUCACAACGGCUGCUCACCCAGCUUGACUUCAAACUAUCGGAGAGCGUCCAACUCUAACACAGCCUGUGACCCUGUGAUCGAGGAGCAUUUCCGUCGCAGUCUGGGCAAGAACUACAAGGAGCCAGAGCCUGUAACAAACUCUGUGUCUAUCACAGGUUCGGUGGAUGACCACUUUGCCAAGGCACUGGGUGAAACAUGGCUGCAGAUCAAGGCCAAGGGCAGCUCGACUGGCAGCCCAGACUCCUCCCCUAACAGCCACAUGGUCAACCAUCACUCCCCUUCCCUCGUGUCUUGAAUAGAGGACCAGUUCACACUAGUCCCAGUCUCUGCAUCACUGUGCUGAAAGCAUACACGCUUCAACUCGCAAGGCAACCAUGCAUGUUUUAGCGCUGCUCAAAUAUAGUGUAUAGCUUUGUACAUAAGAACGCACGACAUGGAGGGUGCUUGUUUUCACUUUUUUUGUGCUUUUGUUUUCUUUUGUUUCAUUUUCUUUGAAGUAUGCUAGUAGAUUUUCUACUAGCAUACUUCUAGUUUCAUUAUGGGAUCCUUUUUCUAGUUUCAUUAUGGGAUCCUCAUACCCUUGUAGGAAAAAACUGAAUCACUGUGCUGAAAGAAUAUUGUUUUUUUAGGAUAUAAAUCAACCAGCAUCCAAGUAACCAUCUGCUUCAGAUACCAAAGAAACCUCUGAUGCAAACCUGUUACCCAAAAGCCAUUCUUCCAUUACACCCUGCUAUUUUCUUAUUUCUUUUUUCUAGUUGUCUUGCACCAGUCUUUUGUUCUUCAUUUUCUCUCCAGAUAGCAUCCUGAAUCUGUAUGUGUAUACUUGAAAUGGAAGGCCUGGUCUGAUUUUGCACUAUUGAUGGAUUGAGUGCCGGUUUGGUGUUGGAUACACAUGCUUGGAUGCUGACAAAUGUGGGAAGUGAUUUGGCUUACAUCACUUUAGAAAUGUUUGAAAUGGGGAGGAAACAUAUUUUUGGUCACUAUAUCUAGCUUCAGACAAUUCUUUUUAUGGUGCUGACAACUGCACUGUGUCAAAGCUGGGCAUUUUUUUAUAUUUUUUAUUUUUUAUUUUUUUUCCCAGGCACUGUGUUUUUAUUAAUGUAGAUGGAGUUUUUAGGUUAAACUAGUGCUUUUCGUGGCAUGUUUUUUAAAAUAGCUGGUACCUAUUAUUGUGUAGACAUUUCCAUCGUAAUCCUUUUAGCAUUUCAUCAGAUUUUAUUUUUGUCAAUAACUGUCCUAGAUAAACUUACUGCUGGUACAGUUGUACUCAAUAUUAUUAUUAUUUCUAUUCAAUAUUCAUUGUGGUAGCUGCCAGAUACAAAAUAAAAAUAAAACAGCCUCCGGACAGGCCAUCUGUAUAUUAACAGUCGGAUUUAUAUUUUAUUAUUCUCGUGGUACAGGACGCUAUCGCUUUUUGCAUGACUGAAUAAGAAAGCAUUAGCAGCUAUGGACAGGUCAGCUGUAGAGUUGACAAAUGUCAAGCAAAUUUUAUAUUUGUUAGUUUUUGGUCUUACUCUUAAUUCUGCAUUGUAGUGUUUAGAAGCAGCUGUCGAAAAGGACCGUUUUCAAACAAUCUGCCUGUACCAAGAUGAAAUACAUUCCUCCAAUAGGGAACUUUAUACCGGUGUUGUACUUUCUAACGAUUUCAGUAUAGCGACUAACUAGAAACUGACAAGAGGUUGCAGUUAAAGGAGACUCUUAUAUCUUAGCUUGUCCUUACAUUCCAUCUGCACAUUUUAACUAUUGGAUAUGACAAAAUGAAAUAGCUUGCUGCCAGACAGCCAUUAAUCUCAACAGAUACUAUCUUUUAAAAAGUAUUUCUUCACAAUUAGGAAAUUCUGUUUUCACCCUGUGCUCUUUUUGUAUGUAUUUGCCACAAAGUUGUUGUAUCCUACGUUAGUUAGACCCUCAGAAUUUCCUCCGGGUGUAUGAAUACACACAUUUUUACUGCUUGUGACACACAUUACCCUACACGCUGUAGGUAAAUCACUUAAUUAAAAACAACAACAAAAAAAAAAAAUGUUUUUAUAUAGGAAAUUUUAAGACCAUCAUUACGCUGUGCGUAACGAAUGUAAAGAGAUUUUUUUUUUUUUUGGUAUUUUUUGAGGAACAAUUAAUUUGUUAAUGAUAUGUAGCGAUUUAAUUUUCCCUUUUCCUUUAUUGUAAUCAUGCUUUUUUUGUUUUUCAAGAAAAAGUUGAUCUUUUUUGUUUGUAGGUUGUCUAAGGUUAAAGUGCAGGAACACAGUUAUUCAAUGAAAACACUGCGUUAGUGUAAUAGCCACUUGUGUAUUAUUUCUGAAGGCUACUGAGCAGUCUCAUUACACUUCUGAACGGAGGCCGUUUCAACUAUCUCUGGAGACAGUUGAACAAAUGUACUCCUCUCAUUGACCGUGAGUCUGAGUAACUCUACUCCAAUCUAUCCGAUUGGGACUUGAGCGAUGAUAUUUUUUUAUUAUGUGAUGUGCGCUUCCAGGAGAAUGACGACAAGAAACAAAUGUUGAUAACUUUUCACUGCAUCUCGAGUGUACUUAAUGAUUUGUAAAUCUGAAGUAUAUCCUCUUUUCAUGGCCUUGUUUCUCCUUGGAAUAAAACGGCAGGCCAUUGUUUUGUACUUUAAGUAGCCUCAAUGAACAAUAAAGUGCUCUUA